AUGAAGUACGCUAUAAUUUCUGCUUUGUUUGUCACCGCCAACACUUUAGUUGCAAAUGCACAAGGGUACAACUCUUCAGACACAUUGUACGCACAGUUUUCUAACGAUACGAACUCAUCCAUAAAUGGGGGAUAUAAUACCACAAAUGGGACCAUCAACAGCACUGCCUCCUGGCCCGUAGAAGCACAGCAGAAGAAGAUAGAUGUUGCAGCUGUAUAUGACGUUGGUGGUUGGAAUGGAUCAUUGUAUCGUUCCAAUAGAAGUGUGGUUGCCGAUUAUCAACCUGUUAGAAAGCAGGAUGCUGUCAUUUCCCAGAUCAGCGAUGGUCAAAUCCAAGCAACUGCUUCAGUAUCCACAUCUGUUACGGACAAUAAUUUUAUUCCAAGCAACUCUACAUAUAUUUCUUCUUAUGAGGGUGCUGGUGUAAGAAUGGAACCUAAAAAUGUCGGUUGCAUUUUUGGUUUAGCGGCUUUGUUAUUUUUAUAA